AUGGCGCUGAUAAGGGUCCAGACGGUGUCGGUGCAGCUGCUAAUCGGCGGCUUCUGUGUGCUGCUGGCGCUUCAGGAUCAUCGCCGUCACGCGGCCGUGGCCACGAUACCUACGAUCGAUAAUAUCGUGAAAAUCCUACAGUCGCCCGUCGUGCAGCAGUUGAUUCUUCCUCGACCACUGGUCGCAGCCGAUCCGUUCCUUCCUGGCGUUGCAGCGGAUGAUCCAAAACCGAUGGCGGACAUGCCUGUAAUGAAAGAGUCCAAAAAACCGCCACAAGCUAGUGAUGACGAUGUUAAAAAGCAACCAAAAGCCGACCCAGAGCAAGACAGUGCCAGUGACGAGCCCGUUCGGCCGUUCCUCAUCCCAAGGACGAGAUCCCUGCCAGGAUGUCCGCUGUGCGACGCGUCGGUGUAUAGCUACUGUGACGAUAAGGUCUAUCACGAUGCCUGCUGCUGCGGUUCCAUUAACGGUGGUGCUCCGUACGGAGGUGGCGGCUUUGGUGGUGGAGGCUUCGGUGGUGGAGGCUUCGGCCGACAGGGUGGCUUCGGAGGACCCGGUUACGGUGGCUGCGGAUACCCAGGGUGCAGCUUUCUCUACGCUAACUCGUGCUACGAACAUCAGCUGAUAGUGAACUGCUGCUGUAACUCGCCCUACUAGAGACUUGCCGGUAACCGGCGUGUUCGGUGUUAGAUGGGUUGCAUUUCUUUCUUUAACUACUUCAAAAAGCCUGCACGGCAACAUA